GAGACUUGGAACGACUUUUGCAAUGACUUGACUCCACAAUGCUCUUUCCCUUUCUUUCUGCUCGGUGUUGGCUUGCAUGAGCACAAACUGGCAACAAAUACAUCGUAGACACGAGGAACCAGAGAUACGCAUGGCAUGGUCCUGUCAUAUGUCGCUUCUGUGGCAGACGAAGCUGAACCCGGGCAGAAUGUGGACAAUGUAUUGGAAUGCACACUUCUAUGUGAAGCGGAUGAUUCUUGCAGGUCCAGCAGACUAAUCGAUGCAACACUUUGCAAAGUUCAAGGUGAUCCAGCACCUCGGGGCACUCCAUUGACCCCCCUUGCGGAGGAAGAUGCCUACAGCAAUGAAGGUCCCUUGAAAAGCUCCAGUGUCGGAUCUGUGCGGAAGGUUCUGCUGGUCACUUAUGCAUCUGGAAAGAUAUUUGAGGAAACUCAGCAGAAGUUACAUGAAAGCCUUGGCGUUGCUGAGAUUGAAGAGCAUUGGCGCUGGAACCGAUCAAGCUUUGAGUCGGGUCCUCACGGUGACUGGUAUAGGCGGCACCAGCGCGUCAAUUUUCAACGUGGAGGUGCUUGGAAGCCAUACAUUAUUUGGCAGGCGUUUCGUCGAGUGAAGUGGGGUGAGUGGCUGGUUUAUCACGAUGCUUCUAGGUACGUUCAGGAAGGCUUCAGCUCAUCUGUCCAACCACUCCUAGAUUGGCUAGAAUCGCACCAGAAUGAGAAUCCUUGCCAGUGUCUUCCUGCUGUGAGAUUGCGACAAUCAUUUGAGCACGAAUGGCUCCAGCAGUGUGUGCCUCCCUAUGGCACUGCACCAGUUCCAUCGGACCAGGCUGCAGACGUGUUCUGCGGUUUGAUGCAAAAGCUUGGCACCUGCAGGCC